AUGAAGUGCGAUUAAGAGUAGGUUGAAGAGGUGUAUUAGGUUUUGGCUUUGUCUAAAAAUGUUGAUGAAGUAAUCUUCCCUCUCCUAAUUAAAAUGUUGAAAAGAUAAAAAAUAUUUGACUGUCAAGAAUUUCUUUCAUAAGUUCAAAAUCAAUGGUAAGUAGAAAGAGAAGGUUAAGACUUAGAAAAUUCAUCUCAUCUUGAUGAAGAAUAGUUGCUCAAUGCUGAAAAGAAAGACAUGAUAAGAGCAAUAGAUGUUCUCAAAACAAUUAAGAAUCAUUAAUUUAAUAAACAAGAUUACUCCAUAGAAGAUUAUGAAGAAAUUAAAAAGGAGUUGAUCAUAAAAAUAUCGUGGGAUAAUAAAAUUAUAGAAUUUCUAAAAUUUUUAGUUCAUCUUACUGCAUUUGAUGAGAAAUACAUUUAGUGUGGAUCAAAUUCUCUUCAUAUGUUAAUUUAGAUGAAAGUUAAUAUAAAAACACAAUCUUUUGAAAAUAUUCGAAUUAGAGAUACUUCACUGGUAGGAGCAAAUUUAGCUAGAUGUGACUUAAGUGGAUCUGAAUUUGACAAUGUCAUUAUUAGUGGAAUGAAUUUAAAUUAAGCAACAUUAUUUAAUUGUAAAUGGAAGAACUUAAAAAUAAAUGAGUUGAUGCAAUUGAAUGGUCUUGGUGGUUAAGUUAAUUAAGUAUGCUUUACUCAGAAUGGUCAUUAAUUAGCAUCUAGUAGAGAAGGCAAUUCAUUUCACUUGUGGAAUGUUAAAACAGGAAAAAUACAGUGUGUAUUACAGGGACAUGAGGAAAUAAAAUCAGUUUGCUUCUCAAAUAAUGAUACUACAUUAGCCUUUUGCAAUGAUAAAUUUGUGUAUUUAUGGAACCUUAAAACUAGGAAAUAAAUGUUGAAAAUAAUUGGUCAUACUCGUUAGGUUAGAACAGUCUGUUUUUCUCAUGAUGGUGCUACAUUAGCAUCUGGUAGUGAAGAUAGGUCUAUCUGUCUAUGGGAUGUUAAGACAGGAUAGUAACAAGCCAAAUUAGAGGGUCAUAAAAGUUGUAUUUCUUUAGUCCGUUUUUCUCCCAAUGAUAACACAAUAGUAUCUGGUAGUUAUGACAACUCUAUUCGUUUAUGGGAUGUUUAGACAAAAUAGUAAACGGGCAGAUUAGAUGUUCUAAUUUAUUCAUUUCGAUCACUCUGCUUCUCUCCUGAUUGUAAUACAAUAGCAUUUAGUAGUUGGGACAACUCUAUCCAUCUAUGGGAUGUUAAAAUAGGAUAAUUCAAAGACAAAUUAGAUGGUCAUUAAAAUUAAGUUCUAUCAGUCUGUUUCUCUCCUGAUGGUACUACAUUAGCCUCAGGUAGUAAAGAUAACUCUAUCCGCUUAUGGGAUCUUAAGACAAGAUAAUAAGUAGUUAAACUAGAUAGUAAUUAAGAAUCAGUUUUAUCAUUCUGUUUCUCACCUGAUGGUACUACUUUAGCAUCGGGUAGUUUAGAUGGCUCUAUCCGUUUAUGGGAUACUAAGACAAGAUAAUAUUAACCUAAAUUAGAUGGACAUACAAAUUCCAUUAUGUCAGUUUGUUUCUCCCCUGAUAAUACUACAUUAGCAUCGGGCAGUUAAGAUGGCUCUAUCUGUUUAUGGGAUGCUGAAAGAGGAUAAUAAAAAAUCAAAUUGGAUGGUCAUACUGGCACUGUAUGGUCAGUCUGUUUCUCUCCUGAUAAUACUACAUUAGCAUCAGGUAGUUGGGAUGGCUCUAUUUUUUUAUGGAAUGUUAGGACAGGAUAAUAAAAAGUCAAAUUAGAGGGCCAUACAAGUAUUGUUUAUUCAGUUUGUUUCUCUUCUGAUGGCACUGCAUUAGCAUCUGGAAGUCAUGAUCAAUCAAUCUGUUUAUGGGAUGUUCAGACAGGAUAAAAAGUCUAAUUAGAUGGUCAUUAACAAUCAGUGUUAUCAGUCAAUUUCUCCCCUGAUGGUACUACAUUAGCAUCUGGUAGUAAUGACAACUCGAUCUAUUUGUGGGAUGUAAAAUCAGGAUAAUAAAAAGCUAAAUUAGAUGGUCAUACUAGCACUGUCUAUUCAGUUUGUUUCUCUUCUGAUGGAACUACUUUAGCAUCUGGUAGUUUAGAUAAGUCUAUCCGAUUAUGGGAUAUUUAGACAAGAUAAUAAAAAGCCUAAUUUGAUGGUCACACUGAUUAUGUUCGAUCAGUCAUGUUCUCCCCUGAUGGUACUACAUUAGCAUCUGGUAGUUAUGAUAAGUCUAUACGAUUAUGGGAUGUUGAAACAGGAAAAUAAAAAGCCAAAUUAGAUGGUCAUACUAGAACUGUAUGGUCAGUCUGUUACUCACCUGAUAAUACUACAGUAGCAUCUUGUAGCGAUGAUAAUUCUAUUCGUUUAUGGGAUGUUAAGGUAGGACAUUAUCUUACACCUUAUGAAAAUCGUUAUAAAGAUAUAUUAACAUAAUUUACACCCCUUAUAUUGAAAAAUCAUAUGCAUCCAGAAAAUAGUAUAUAUUUUCACUAAUAUUUAGUUCUCUGUAAUAUCACUAUUUUAAGACUUUCUUAAGGAAAUUAUUUUCAAACCUAAGGAGCAUUAAUUUUGAAAGGACAAUUCGUUAAUUCUUAAGGCAUAGAUUUAAGAUAUUUAUUUAAAUAAAAAGGCAGUUUGAUUUUAGAAUGA